CUUAUGAGGGAGCUACAGUAGACUGCUCACAGCUCUAAUCAGAUGGCUAGCUAAUCUGUUCUGGCAAUUUAGCAUGACGUUGAAGUCAAGCCACUUUUUCCGUGUGAGUGAGUCAGUGAGCAGAUUUUUUUAAAAGACAAAUAUUGAUGAAGUAUCAAUAGAGACUACCGUGAAGCCAACUCGAGCGAGCAUGCCUCAGCCCAAAGUCAAACUGGUGGUGACCGGGGACGAUUUUGGGUAUUGCCCGAGAAGGAAUCAUGGAAUAGUGGAAUGUUUCCAGACCGGUGGUGUGUCAAACGUAUCGCUGUUGGUUAAUGCCACCUCGGCACUGGAUGCCGCCGAGCUUGCAAAGAUACAUCUCAUACCCAUUGGACUACAUGCGAAUCUUUCUGAAGGUGCCCCGGUGUCUCAGAAUCUGAAAGGGUCUACGCUCCUGAAUGAGGACGGGUUCUUCCAUGGAAAGACAGGAUUCCGAAAGGUUUUAUCAAGCGGUCAACUGAACAUGUAUGAGGUGGAGCAGGAACUGAGAGCUCAGGUAAAACGCUUCUGUGAACUCGUCGGCCAUCUGCCCUAUCACAUGGAUGGCCACCAGCAUGUGCACGUGCUACCAGAGGUGCGAGAGGUGUUUGCGCAGGUUCUAGCAGACUUUGGCAUACGCUACACCCGGAUCCCUGUGGAGCCUGGUCUUCAUGCGUGUCCCCUCAUCCCACCCCACCUCCACGAGUUCUACAUCCAGGUUCAGAAAGAUGCUUUGUCGUCUGUCGAGGUUUUCCGUCGCCAUGGGAUCAGGUGGCCAGAUGUUUACCUGGGCUUGACAACCAUGGGACAGAAUAUGUCGAUUGACAACAUUAAACAGGCCUUAGGUUAUGCUCUUGGAGCCAGGUGCCUCACCAACACUUUGACCACACCUUUGACGGGUACACAGACUGAUGAAAUUGCUGCAGCAAACCGUCCAGUCACUGUCGAGCUAAUGGUCCAUCCAGGAUACCCAAGUCAUCCUCAGGAGGGAGGGUGUGGUCAAGGUCCAGAUGACUUUUCCCUAUCAGAGGAUCGCCAACAUGAACUGGAAAUUCUAACUGACCCCUCUCUGCUGGCAUACUACAAGCAGGAGAGCAUUCAGCUCUGUGCCUUCCGAGAUCUGUAGCUCUGCUGCUCAUUUGAAAAACAUUUUUUUUUUUUUAAUUUUUAAAAUUUUUCUAAAUUUCUCAGACCACAUUUUAACCUAUAAGCCAUGAGGUGCCAGGCACCAGACAUUACUUUUGGUUUUAUAUAGUAGCUUUGUACUGGAAAUAAAACGUUGAGCCAUUAAGAGGGCAAUGUGCCCCUGAAAGCAGAUGCACAUUUUACAUGAAGCCAUUUUGUUUUUUUAAGCAUUCUGACUAAGAUAGCCUACUAGUGAGACUAGUAUGUCCAAAUUAAAUGAGGAUAUGGCCAUUAGGCGUCCUUAUCUGGCAAUUUUAUACAUAUUUUUCGGAAAAACAAUAUGUUAUUUCAGAGAUUUUAAGCGACCACUGUUUGAAACAGAAUGAAGUCUGAUUUUAUUCCGUCUUGACCUUUCAGAAUAUGAAUGAGAUAAGGUUGUGUACUUCGCCUUUGCAAGUUGUUCUAAACAGAACCCUUGCUCAUUUAAACAAUUCCCAUAAAACCCAUAUACAUUUCAGGUGUAUGUAUGUAUGUAUAUGUGUGUGUUUGUGUAUGUAUAAACCCAUCCCAUGCAUUAUUCAUGUAACUUAUUUGACCAUAACUGAUACUACCUAUGUGAGUGGUUAAAAUAAACCAUAAACCACUAAAAAUUCUAUUAAAAAUAAACGCUUAAGGCCCAGGGGCCAGGUUGUGAAA